GAUUAGUUGAUACAACAAAACGAGGAGUUUGCGUUCUGUUAACUCAUCCCGAAUACAAUAACUGUGAAUCGGCGAUAGAUAAGUAUCCAUAAUUUCUAAUUUAUAUUGAAUUUUCUUAAAACCAGUAUGAAGUAAAAUUAGUAUAAUUAUCCAAAUUUAUCCAGCUUGUAUGUAAGAAAUCAAAGAUUUUUGCUGAAGUAAGGAAUACUUUUAAUAAUAAGAAAACGUAGCGCACUCUUAUUAUGUCAUGUACAGAUUAUUUUACUCAUAGUUGGGAUCCGCUUUUACCUCUUUAGAAUCACUACCGCGCUCUGGCAGGAUCGUCCGUACUUAAGGAUUACCAGCAGUUUUCGAGUCUUGCUGUGUUGAUGAUGAGUUAAGGUUUUCAAUAGAAUACGAUUAGAAGUGUUCCUUAUUUUCAUAAUGUUCCGAAACCAGUAUGAUUCCGACGUUACCGUUUGGAGCCCUCAGGGCCGGUUACAUCAGGUUGAAUAUGCUAUGGAAGCUGUAAAGCUUGGAGCAGCAACUGUUGGUGUGAAGAAUAAACAGUAUGCUGUCCUUGUUGCUCUUAAAAGAGCAUCUUCAGAACUUUCAGCUCAUCAAAAGAAAAUUAUUCCUCUUGAUAAUCACAUAGGCAUGAGCAUUUCUGGCCUAACUGCUGAUGCUCGUAUAUUGAGUCGGCAAAUGAGAAGUGAAUGUCUAUCUUAUUCAUAUUCAUAUGGAACUGAAAUUCCUAUUAUCAGGCUUAUGAAUAAAAUAUCUAACAUGAUGCAAAGUUCAACUCAGCGCUAUGACAGAAGACCGUAUGGGGUUGGUCUACUGGUUGCAGGAUUUGAUGCCGACGGUCCUCACAUUUUUCAAAUUUGUCCUUCUGCAAAUUUGUAUGAGUGUCGUUCAAUGGCUAUUGGUGCUAGAUCCCAGAGUGCAAGGACGUAUUUGGAAAAGCAUCUAGCAGACAUUGGAAACUCUGGCACCCUCACAGACCUUCUUAAGCAUGCACUUCGGGCUCUUAGGGAUUCUUCUCCUAAUGAUACAGAACUUAGCUCUAAGAAUGUAGCAAUAGCGGUAGUAGGAAAAGAUACCCCACUGAAGGAAUUAUCUGAGGCCGACACCCAGACUUAUCUGGACAUGAUCCUGAGUGAAGAGAGAAGAAGUGGCGAUACAGCAGGAGGUAGUGACGAUGCUCCUCCUCCACCACCGCCGUCCGAUCCACCAGCUCAAGAUCCUACACCAGUUGUGGCUAUGGAAACACAAUAAUGUUUUGCUUAAGAUAUCCACUUCUAUAUUAACAAUAAUUAAAUGUUUGAUAUAAAAUAAAUUUUUAUUAUCACUUUCGUAGUCGUUCUCUUUUAUAUCU